GCGGAAGUGAGGACACAUAAAUCAUAAUAUUAUUUUUUUUCACCGCAUAUUUUCAGACAAAAUGGCACCCAAGGAUGAAGAUAUGUACGAUGCUUUGGUAGAAGAUGUGCAAAAUCUCCGUCAACUCGGAAAAACAUGGGGUUUGGACGACGCAGAAAUCGAUAGUUGCUUUGAGAGAGCUGUGAAAGGCGAGGAAAACGGAGCAAGAAAACCGGCCCAGCCUCGUAAAAAAAGAGGACGGGCAUGCCGUUGUUUCGGGGUUUCAGUUUUCUGUUUUGUUGCAUUGCUUGCUACGGGGUAUUGCUUAGUGAAUCUGCACAAACCAACGGAGCUUUUCAUGAUGCGACAGGCGCAGAAGUUCAUGUAUCCUAUAAUGAGGUCAAUUCGCCAUUAUUCUAUGCCGUUGAGAGAUGCAUUUGAUUUGUCUGGCCUUCAUGAAAUGGAAUGCAUCCUCUCCAAUCCAUUCUAUGGAAUCUUUGCUCAAGUGGACUGUUGGCCAUGUGAAAAUGUCAAAGCUGUUCGUGUAUUCAGUAACUUGACCAAUUAUACCAGAUACUACUACCAUUCUGGAAUACCUCUUGUUGUCAAGGAUUCAAACCUGAGCACAGUGACCUUUGAUGAUCUCAAGUCAGUGUAUCUUGACAAUAAGGAUCUCCUGCACUACAGCGCCAACAACAUUCAGAGCAGCAACCACUUUAUCACCAGCAUUGGUGAAUUGUUCAACCCUACAAGGACAGUUGAGGAUGUCCUGGAAACUGAUCUCCAUGUACAAUGGAAAGUUUUGAAACCUGGAGGUGUCCGACUUAUCCGAGACGUUUCUCCAAAACCUUACUUUGUUCCCAAGAAGGCAGAAGUAGCAACGGAAAUGUUUGUCCUCAUUCAUGCUCCUGCUGCAGAGGCUCAUUCCUUGCCAAUGCCUGUACAUCCAAAUGCUUGGUUGACCCAGGCCUACGGUUCACAGGAAGUCACCUUGACCCCUGUGACCCCAUGCAAGUAUAACUGCACAGAGGUCAGUGUUGUGCUCCAACCUUCAGAUGUGUUGUACUAUGCUCCGAGGUACUGGCAGGUGAAUACCUUCUCUAUUGGAGAUGAAAUAAGUAUUGCAUUCUUAGGAUCCUUCUUUUGAGACCUUUAAAGGCUUCUUGUAUUUACCCUUCUUGUCGAGUUCAAACUUCACAGGCGAAAAUAAUAAGAAAACAUGUAUUUAUUGUGUUGUGGCCAUUCAAAUCAAUGUAACCAGACUGAAACUGGAGUGGAAAAAGACAGGUUCCACUUUGGUGGAAUCUUAAUCAGUACUUAAAGUUGCAUUUGAACACUGGGAUCAUAACAAAGAUGGUGGUAACUUAAUUGGGGUAUUUGUGUAAUAUUUAUGUUUUUUGUGUGACUUGUUUGUAUAUUUUUGUAAACCUGAAAUAACUAUUUGAAAUUCAAACUGGAACUUGAAUCAUAAACAUUAUUAAUUAUCAAAGAUUGAAGUAUUUCAAAAAGUUAUCAGUGAAAUUCGUUAAAAAAGGGCUUUUAUUUUUUACAGGUUUUAUCAAGUACAAGGUCUGACCUACAGUGUAGGCUGUAAUAGAUUUUGCAGGCUCUAUACCCCAAUUUUCCAGAUUUUUCCAAAUGCAAAUUAUCAGAAAACAGACUUUCAAAAGUGGGAAGAGCAUCAUACAUGUAACCAGCAAAGUCGGACGAAUUUCUGGAUAGCUUGGUGGAUUUCAAACUGAUGAGUUUACGUGCAGGAUAAUUUUUUUUCUGAAAUCCGAAUUAGGUUUCUGCUUUGGCAGACUAAUUAUAAAUGUGUUAUGUUAAUUGAAUAAAAGUACAUGUCUAUAAAGCAAGUUCGUUUCAAGAGUCUUGUUGUCUCAUGUCGAAAGAGUUUUAGAAGAAGAUCUUGUACAAUAAUAAUUCAGUCCAGAGGCAACCAUUUUGUUAAGACACAUAUUAAGACAUUUUUAACAAAAUGAAUAGUGCCCAAAGAAUGUGAAAGUGAAACAACUAGAUGUAAUUAUCAAUACAUUUUUUGGUUUUAAUAAAUUCAUAAUGAUGAUACAUAAAAUUAAAAGUGUUCCUCACUUUAAGUUCACUACCCUUGCUCUGAUCACGACUCUUGAAUUCUUAACAAACUAAGAAACAAGUGUUAAAGGAAGAAAUUUAUAACCCUCUUUCAAAAAUUACCAAAAUGCACCCAAACCACUUUGCUAAGUAUCCUAUUGCUCUAAUUAUUGAUACUCGCAUGUCACCCAACAUUCCCAAACAAGUGUGUAAACCUAAAAAUGAUCACUUAUCAAUGAAAUAUUAUGCAAAUCGUACCACUAAAGUUAUGCAAAUCCAUAAUCAAACAACUAUCUCAAUUAUUAAAAAAUACAGGUAUUUGAUGUACGAAUUGGGCGGUUUUACACCAAUUAACGUACUUUAAGCAAAAUUUUAAACAAUAUUUUUUAGUGGUUAACUGAAAUUGAAAUUGUCAGUAAUUUUAUCGAAAAGGGGUAUGACAGAAAGACAAAUAUUAAAAUAUUUUUUAAAGACAAAUACAUUUCAUGUAUACGGCAAGUUUUCUAAAUGCGUAAAUUUCAUGUUUCCACAUAAAACUUUUAAGAUGUGGCCAUUUAUCUCUGUAAAGCAUACAUUCACAGGUCCUGGGGAAAAAAACCUCUUUAAAGUGGCCAUUUACCUACGCAAAAAGACCACUGAAAACCAAACACAUUUGUUCACACAGAAACCAAGAGAAACCUAUCUAUUGCAGCCAUAAACCUGCGUAAAAUGACCACUGAAAAACAUAAGUGAAUUGACGAUGAUUUAAAUAAGUUUUCGCCCAAACCUGGGAAAGCCCAGGGCCUUAACCUUCAUCUUUAAGAAAAAGAAAAAAAAA